GUGGCACGGCGUGUUUCCGUCACAAAACUAUCCCAACGCAAAUCACAAACGACUUUCAUAUAUUCCAUACAAUACUAUAUACCUGCAACUAGAUGGAUUGCGGCAAUUCGAGUUCCGAGGAGCAGCGCGAACGCGUCGACAACGCCAUCCUGACCGCCAUGGAGGAUCUGGAUCGGGACUAUCUGCGCAAGCUGCAGAUCGAGAUGCACACCUGUGCGACCGCCUGCUGUGCGGAUGCGGAUGCGAAUGCGGAGGCGGUGGAGCGGUGCGUGGACCGCUGCCAGAUCCGCUUGACCCGAGCCCGCUGCUUCGUGCAGCAGGGCAUAUCCGACUUCGAGAAUCGCCUGGAGAAGUGCAUCCAGCAGUGUCGCCUCCAUGGAUCUGCUUAUGGCUCGGAACGUUGCUCCAGCAACUGCGUGGAUAGUCAUGUGGGAUCGCUGCCCGAGAUGCUCAGGGCUAUGCGGGAUACCCUGGAAAAGGGUGUUUAACACUGGGGACUUUUGCAUUCAUUCGUUGGUUUGAAUCAAGCAAUUUGUGAUAUAUGU